CUCCCCCUGUUCUAGCUCUGCCCAUCUAUGACAUCAUUGUUCUAAGCUUGGUUUCCUGUAAGGAUAGUUUCCUGCUGAAGAGAGACAAGGGGUGGAACAUGAACACAUUAUACAGUAUUUAGAAUAGCUGCGACGGUAUGGAUGUGGAUGCAACGCAUUUUAUUUAUUUGAAUUUAAGUUUUAAGUAAUUCAGUCGUCAUUUGGUGUAGAUUUAAAUAAAUGAAACGGCAUAGUAGAGGUAAUACAAGUAUACGGAGGUACAAGGAGGCGGAGGCUGCUAAAUAAUUGAGAGUUAAGAAAAGUAAAAUGCCAUCUGUUUUGUGGAGGUUUUGGCCGGAGGUAAUCCUGGUCAUACUUCCACUUGCACAAGCUGCUGAAAAGGAGACCCUGAUGCAGGAAUCCUGGAAUGAUUUCUGGCUGUUUCGUUUUUUUCUUAAUGUCUUUGGAUAUGCCACAAUCAUCAUCCCAGGGUAUCUCCUCAUCCAGUACUACAAGAAAAAAAACUACUUGGAGACAGGCAAUGGCAUUUGUUUCCCUGCGAUAAAAAGCUGCGUGUUUGGGAGUGAGACUAAGUCCGGUCUCCAGGAGGACGUUUCUACAACAGCCAGAAAUGAGGCAACAGCAGCAUCUUCGUCUUCAGCCAAGCACAUUAUGAAAUUACUGUUCUGUGCUGCUGGAUUACAGGCUUCGUAUCUCACAUGGGGCAUCCUACAAGAGCGAGUCAUGACUCAAACCUACACAGCUACAGCCACAGAGCCAGGUGAGAACUUCAAGGAUUCCCAGUUUCUGGUUUUCAUGAACCGGAUCUUGGCGUUGACAGUAGCCGGGAUGUAUUGCACCCUCACCAAGCAGCCUCGGCAUGGAGUCCCCAUGUACAAGUACUCCUUUGCCUCCCUCUCAAACAUCCUGAGCAGCUGGUGCCAGUAUGAGGCUCUUAAGUUCAUCAGCUUCCCAACGCAAGUGCUGGCUAAAGCCUCCAAGGUUAUCCCAGUUAUGCUGAUGGGGAAGAUAGUCUCCCAGAAGAGUUAUGAAUACUGGGAGUACUUCACAGCGGUCCUCAUCUCUGUGGGUGUCAGCAUGUUCCUGCUCUCCAGCACCACUGACAAGCACCCGUCAACAGUCACCACCUUCUCUGGGGUGAUCAUUUUAGCAGGUUACAUUGUGUUUGACAGCUUCACAUCCAACUGGCAGGACAAUCUUUUUAAGUACAAAAUGUCCUCGGUACAGAUGAUGUUCGGGGUCAACCUCUUCUCCUGUCUGUUCACCAUGGGCUCACUCCUGGAGCAGGGCGCCUUUUUGGAGUCCCUCAAGUUCAUGAGCCGCCAUUCAGACUUUGCUUUCCACGCUGUUCUCUUGUCCAUCUGUUCGGCCUGCGGGCAACUCUUCAUCUUCUACACCAUCAGCCAGUUCGGAGCCGCCGCCUUUACCAUCAUCAUGACCCUGCGACAGGCCUUCGCUAUCCUGCUGUCCUGUUUCAUCUACAGCCACACAGUCACCAUAGUAGGUGGCCUGGGAAUAGCCGUGGUCUUUUUGGCCCUCUUACUGAGGGUCUACGCUCGCAGCCGGAUGAAGAAGAGGAGCAAAAAGGUGGCCCUGAUUCCAAAGUCAGUGGAGGUAGUGUAGGGAUGAAAAAAAAUAAUAGAAACACUAUUUUGGACAAAGGGUUUUCAAUAAAAGGGAUAGUGCAUUAAAAUGAAAGGUGUAGGUGGGUUUAUACAGCCUAGUAGAGGCAGGGAAAGGGGACUAUUUUGUUUUGAAAUUAGUGUUUUUCUUGUGUAAGUGGAGACUUUUUUAUGUUUUGAGAUUGUUAACCUACAGACAUAAUGAAUUCCAUGCUCCUUAUCUGUAUCCCCUAAAUAAAUCAACAUCUUUAUUUUGUUUGGUACCAUCAGGACUGACAAGCUGUGGCGUUCUGGGUGUCCAUGGUCAGAGUUUUGUUGACCAUCCUACUCUGUUUGCAGUCUUUGCAAUCCAACAAAUUUAACCCUGCCAACUACAAUUUAUUUUAGAAAGUAUAUUUUUAAGCAAGUAUGACUUCUGUCAGAAGCCGCCUUAUGUCUAUUAUAUGAAACACAAAUAUUUUUAUAAAAGGCUUUCACAUUGCAUUAGUUUCAAAGGGUAAAAAACUUUAACUAAAAUAAAUCCUAGCUAAGAAUGCACUGCUUUGGAAAGAUACAGUUUUGGAAAGUCAUUUCUUGUAAACACAAAACUAUAGUUAAUUUUAAAAUGGCUCUAGUGAUACUAUCUGUAAAACAACUGUAGUUUACAUGGAAAAGGAAAAUAGUCUUUCUGUAAAACAACUACAAAAUACAUCUGGAGCUGCUUCGGCAAUUGAUUCUAGUUUGAAUUAUAAAUUCUCAGCCAUCAUGUUCAUUAUAAAGCCACUGAUAUGCAAGCUAGGUUCAGAAUGUUGAAGUUUUCUCUAUGCAGCAGUUUUUGCUCUUUGUCGUUCAUAAUGUCAACUAUACCCUCCAUAGAGGGCAUUAUUUGCUGUAAUGCAAGUUCUGUAACUCCAGUGUUUUCUCUAUCGAUGGCUUUGUGUUCAUUCCUGUUACACUGAUAAAGGCAUUUGGCGAAA